AUGGCGACUCCCAGGCAUCGACUCGUAGCCCGGAGACCCGCUGAAGCAAACAACAUUGGAGAAGCUAAUGUAGAUAGAAAGACGAAGACAAAAAGGCCUAAGAGUGUAACCAGCUCCAGUAGCAAUAGCAGCGACAGGUCAGCCAGUGAUUCUUCAUCAGAGAGUGAAGAAACAUCUACCUCAUCCUCCUCUGCGGACAGUGAUACCGAUGAAAGCUCCUCCAGCUCAUCGUCUCAGCCUCCUCCGCAAGCUCUUCCUCAUCCUGAUUCAGACUCAGAUUCCAGCUCUUCCAGUCAUAGCGGCACCAGCACGGAGAGCAGCUCCGAAGAUGAACCACCAAAAAAGAAGCAAAAGAAAUAGAAUCGCUCUGCCUGCAUUGGACAGAAGGACCAUAAACUUUCAUCUGAUUCUCAAAAGGGAAUUUAGAAUAUGUUAAAGCCAUAUAGGUUUACUGUCCAAAUUUUGAGAGCUCAGAAGUUUCUAAAUAUUUUACAUUGUAAGAGCAUACAAAGUAUUAAUGAAAUAUAUAUAUAUAUAUAUAUAUAUAUAUAUAUAUAUAUAUAUAUAUACUUUUUUAUUUUAAGGGUGAAUCUUGUUUUUCUUUUUUAUAUUUAAAGUGUAUCUCUAACACUUAAUCAAAAGCUGAAAUCCAGUAAUUCUGUGUUUGUGGUAAAACUUCUUUUUGCCCUGGCCCACAUGGCUCAGUUGGUUGAGUGGCACCCCAUGCACCAAAAGAUGGCUGCUUUGAUUCCAGUCAGGGCACACACCCGGGUUGCAUGCUCAUUCCCUGGUGGAGGAAAUGCAGAGGCAGCCUGUCCAUGAUUCACUCUCACAUCGAUGUUUCUCUCUCUGUCCCUCUGCCUUCCUCUCUAAAAAAAAUCAAUAAAAAAUCUUUAGAAUAAAACAAAACUAAAACUUAUCUUUUCUCCGUGUGAAAACAAUG